UUUGUCUCGGGUGUAGGGAUAAAGUUUAGACCACGCGAUAGUAGAGUAAUUUGCUUAUCUGUCAGUUGUUUAUUUGACAGGUUUUUGUUAUACUGUUUGCGUGAUUCAAUGGCGUUAAAAAAGCGCUUUUUGUCUUUGAUUUUUCUCCGCUCUUUUCUUUUGCGGUUUUUGGCCGCUUUGUUAUCUCUGCGGUUUGCUUUCCCUUUUCCCCUUACUUCUAAGGAGUGUGAUAAGAGACAAGAGUACACACUUGUGAUCUCAUUUGUUCUAACAAUACAUCGACUUCGCUAAUCUUGGUCUUCUAUUUACAUUGUCAUCUUUGUUGACAGUUUUCUUUCUAGCCGAUGAUUGCGUUUUCUGGUGAGACGUCUGCUUAGUAUUCCCAUAUUGUUCCUUACAGUAUUCAUGCGAGAUUUAUACUGUUCGAGUUUACGAAGCUUGUUUUUUAAUCGUUCUGCGUGCCUGUGCUGAUAUUUCAGCCAGCGCUUCUACGAGAGCCUGCUCCGCUUUCUUUCUGAUCGAGCCUAUCUCGUUCUUAAAUCACCGCCUCAGUUCUUCGUCAGGUGUUGACACGCUUGAGAUGUGUUCGAGAUGUGUUAACUCCUUGUGCUGCUCGAAUGAUUCUUCUGACAAGUUCUUCGAUUCCUCCGCCAUGUCUAACGCGGCAAGGUGGGAAUGGGCGGGAUUCUUCAUGGAGCAGUCCAUGGAGCGUGGCAGAUUUUUCGGUUUCAGUCCCCCCUCGGAAACAAAACUGGUCAAAAAUUGUCGUCUCCCUUCUUGAUUUGAAAAACAUGCAUCUUGAUUUAGAAAACGUGUCUCUUGAUACAUGACAUAAAACACGAGCGAAUUGAAAUUAAAUUAUACAAUUUUGACACAUUCAAAAAGCAAACUGAUGUUAAUUUUAUCGAUCUUGAUAGUGAAUUGGUGGAUUUGAAUUAUAAAGUUGAAUCUUUGAUAUUUUGUCACUUUUGGCGUAGCAUAGCGCAGCGAUGAUACCGUACAGGAGGUUUUAACGCACCUAGCUAAACCUCCCCAAACGCCGUGGAAAGGACUUUUGAGGUUUUAAAGGACAGACCGCACCGGAAUAAGAUUAUAUAGCCAAAAAACGUGUCAAAGGUUGCAUAACCAUUCUCAUGCUAAAAUUCCAGGGGUUUGGAGUCACGUAACAUGCUGAAAUUCACCAUUGUUUGAAGGAAUCCCUGGUGAGAAUAUUACAAACAUGAAUGGGCCGACGGCUGUAAGGCCAGGUCGCACGGCUCGGACCAGGUCCUCAUCACUCAUACUGCGCGCGCAGGACUUUUCAUUUUUAAUUUGCAUCGAUAUGUUUUCCAUUUUCAAUUUGCAGCAACAUUUUUAAUUUGCAUGUGUGAUCCUUCUGAGCCACCGUACUUGGAGUAAAACGAACAAGGAAGGCUUGUGAAUUUUAAUUCAAAUAAUAACUGUCGCGAUCUUGGCUUCUUUGCAAAACGACAUUUGGUUUCAUUUUUAUUGUAUAUUGAGAUAGUAUUAUAAGGUAGAUAGCAAUUGUGUUAAAAAGUCUCUUGAAUGCUGAACAGUUACCUUUGUAUAUAUUUUAUAUGUAUUCUACAGUUUUAGCUAUUUUUUAGCAUGGCUAAUACCACGAGCACUUGAUCUUGACGUAUAACUGAGUUACUAAGGAACGUUCUGCGUACAUCCUGUUUCCAAGAUAAUAAAACCAUUAAAAAAAAUAGCCAUUUUGUUUACAACAAAAUGAAAAGGUGGCAAACAACUUUACAAAGUUUGCAGUGGAGGUGCAAUAACUGAACCAACAAAUCAAAGACGAGCAAAUUUUACUGCGGAGAUAUCUCAACCCUCUCCUGCUUUUGCGCCAUUUUGUAGUAGCUUUGUAGCAGGAUUUUCCUUCGGUUUAGAAUGGUUUGCUGAUCCCGUGCAUAAAGCAAAGAGGCUCGCCUUUCAUUCUUUAGAGUGGACAAACACGUUUCAUGAGCUUUUUUAUACUGAUUUGCGAAAAAGCCAAGAACCUAUGUGACAUAGUUAUGUAACUUAAAUACAUACCUUUUAUACAAUAAAACGUACUCAAGCUGAUUGGCUG